AUGGCAAUCGAGGGAGCACCCGAGCAAGGUCUGCGCGACGGCGCGCCGAUGGCCGAUCCCUUCCCGAGCCUCAGCGGCGAGUCUUAUGCGGCACCGAGCGGCACGCGCGAGAAGAAAGCAAGCAGCGGCCGCCCCGACGUUGCUUCGCAGGACGCGUUCCCGUCGCUGGGCGGCAGCGCUCCGGCCGCGCGCCCCGCCGGUUCGGCGUGGGUGAGCAAGGUGCCGGUGAUCCAGCGCGUGACGCACCAGGCGUCGGUGUCGCUGCGUCUCGCGGACGACCAGCUGCCCCGCCUGAGCCACCUGCUAAACAAGGUGCAGCAGACGUGCGCGAAUGUGCGCAUCGAGGCGAGCACGACGCGCAAGACGAACCUCACCACGUUCAUCAUCAAAGGCCCGAGCGAGGCAAGCGUGCAGCAGGCCAAGAAGGAGCUUACUGUGCUCCUUGCGCGCCGCGUGACGCUCCCUGUGCUGAUUCCGGCGUCGCUGCGUGCGUUUGUCAUCGGCCAGGGCGGCAAGAACAUCAAGGCGAUCACCGAAGAGACCGGUGUGCGCAUCCAGAUUCCCCCGCGCACCGGCAACGAGCAGGAGAACGAGGACCCGCUGCUCGACGAGCAGGUCGAGGUCACGAUCGAGGGUGACGAAAUCAAUGCGCAGCAGGCGCAGGCCAAAAUUCAGGCUUUGGUCGCGGAGCGCACCUCCAAGAUCACGCAGCGCCUCACGCACAUUGACCACACCUACUAUCCGUUUAUUGCGGGCGCGCGCAAUGCCCAUGCCGCGCAGCUCGCCGAGACGACCGGCCGCGGCGAGGUGAGCGUGCACGUCCCCCCGCGCGGCGCGCUGGUCGCACGCGAUGCGCCCGACAACCGCAACCGCGAUCUGUCGAUCAUUGUGAGCGGCGAGCGCGACGCGGUCGCUGCCGUCGUCGCUGCGAUCGACGCCGAGGUCCAGGACAUGAAGACCAAGUUCCGGACCCUGUCGAUGAACAUCCCUAAGCGCCAGCACGCGUUCCUCACCGGCGACAGCGCCGCGGAUAUCCUCGAAAAGACGCAGUGCACCGUCGAGCUUCCGCCGCAGGCCGACGUCUCGGACACGGUCACGAUCCGCGGCCCCCAGGCGCAGCUCCCCCACGCGCUCACCGCCGCGCUCGAAAAGGCGAAUGCGGUGAGCGUGCAGAGCGUCGACCUCGGCGUGCUGCACACGCCCGGCGAGCAUGUGCGCCACCUUGCGCAGUGGCUCGCCCACCGCGUGCCCCGCCAGCAAGGCGUGCAGGUGUACUUCCCCAAGAAGGACGCCUCGGCGGUCGAGGUUGUCGGCGCGGACGCUGCUGCCGUCGGCCAUCUCACGGGCGAGAUCGAGGCGCUGGCGAAGCCGAUUACGCCUGCGCUCGUGCGCACUGUCGAGCUCGAUCCGCUGGCGCACGGCCUGGUGAUUGGCAAGAAAGGCCAGGGUCUCAAGGCGUACGAGGCGCGCGGCGUCGAUGUCCUCGUCCCCCCCGAGAACUCGGGUCGCGGCGAUGUGCUUCUUGUGCUCGGUCGCCCCGCUGCGCUGCAGAGCCUGCCGAGCGGCGCGGAGCGUGACGCGGCCGCCGCCUCGGUCCUGGACGGGAUUGCUGCGGAGCUCGCGCAGUACGGUGCCGAUGCCGCCAACAUGCGCACCGAGCAGCUCGAGGUCCCCAGCAAGUACCACGGCGCGAUUGUCGGCCCCGAAGGUACGGUGCUGAACGCGAUUAUCGGCGAGGACCGCCUGCUGAUUGCGGUCGGCGCCGCCCGCGACGCGCGUGCGAAGCAGUACGCUUCUUCGCCGCUUACGGACGACUCGAUCGUGAUUCGUGGCGCGUCCGACGCGGUGGAGCGUGCUGCUGCCAAGAUUCGCGCGAUUGCUGCCGACGCGGAGCAGGAUGCGAUCGUGAACGGCCACGUGGAAGAGCUGUCGGUGGCUCCUCAGCACGUUCCGCACCUCAUUGGCCGCGGCGGCGCUGGCGUGACCAAGCUGCGCGAGGAGCUCGGCGUGAAGAUUGAUAUCGGCGAGCCGGACGCCAAGCGCCCGGUCAAGAUUGUGCUGACCGGCCGCAAAGAGUGCGUCGCCGAGGCCAAGGCGCGUCUUGCUUCGCAGGCGCAGCGCCUCGCGGACGAGCAGACUGCGACACUUGCCGUGCCGUCCGAGCUCUUUGGCUCGAUCAUCGGCCAGGGCGGCAAGUACGUGACGCGUCUGCAAGAAAAGUACGACGUGCGGAUCAACUUCCCCCAGGACCGCAAGGCGGCCAAGGGCGAGGUCUCGAUCCGCGGCACGAAAAAGGGCGUCGAGGCCGCCAAGGCCGAGAUCCUCGAGCUGAUUGCGUACGAGCAAGAGAACGGGCACGUGGAGACGUUCGAGGUCCCGUCCAAGGCCGUGCCGCGCAUCCUGGGCAAGAGCGGCGCGAUGAUCAACCAGAUCCGUAUCGACACCGGUGCCGAGGUCGACCUCGAGCGCGACGGCCAAAAAGCCGCGCUGCGCCUGCGCGGCAGUAAGGACGCGGUGGCGCAGGCACGCGCGGCGAUCUCCGAGAUUGUCGAGCGCGUCGAGUCCGAGGCGUCGCACACGCUCCAGGUUCCCGCGCGCUUCCACGGCGCGCUGAUCGGCAGCGGCGGCGCCAACCUGCGCGAGAUCAUCACGCGUGCGGGCGCCCCUGAAGAGGCCAAGUCGCACGCGCAGUACGUCAAGUUCCCGCGCGCCUCGGAGCCCUCCGACCAGGUCACGGUGCGUGGGCCCAAGGCGCUCGCCCAGCAGAUCGCCGACGAGCUCGAGAAGGAGGCCAAGCGCCUCGCGGACCGCGUCGUGUACGGCGCCGCGGCGCCCCCGUCCAUGCACCGCCAGCUCAUCUCGCGGGGCGGCACGCGCCAGAGCGACUGGCAGACGCGCCACCAGGUGAGCGUCGUCGUGCCCAACUGGCGCGAGUACCCGGAGCUCGGCACGCCGGCCAACGCCGCGGAGCUCGAGGGUGUGGACGCGGCGUCGAUUGUCAAGGUCGUCGGACCCCCCGAGGCCAUCCAGACUGUCUUGGCCGAGAUCGCGCAGCUGCGCGACGCGGACGCGGCGCGCCGCGCCCGCUCCGCCAAGGCCCGGAUCGACCAGGACCCGUAG